ACCAAUGCUGUAGGGGUCAACUCAACAUUUCUACUUCCCCUGUUUGGAUAGAUUAUUACAAGCAGUGACAUUGUCAAAUUUAUGAUCUGAAAUGAGCUUGUUGUAAACCAGACAACGAUGGUCUGGUGGAUGACGAGGACGACGAGUUGUUAUGGCUGACGACGAUGGCAGGAAGACCCCGACACCGCCUAUUCCCAUUCAGAGAGGGCACGUCAUUCCCGAUGUCCGUAUCGAGAGCGUCGAACGGGACAACGACGGCGCCGGGUCGUCAUACGGAGACGACAUCCUCGCUCGCAGCCCGGAAAGCGCCGGAGCCGCCGCCGCAUCUGACGAUGACCUAAAACGGAAUAGCGCCGCCGGUCGGUGGCUGCUCGUACGGUCGCACAUACACAAAGAGCUGCCGAGCUAUGACUCAGCCGCAUCGGGGGAAAACAGCGGGGCGAACAGUCCGUUGGACGGGCCCGGUGAUCCGAAGGGUUUAAUCAAUCUCAUUCAAAGUGGGCCGUCAGUGCAGAGUUACACGCGACUCAAGAGGCAGCUCAAACGCUGCGACCGUCAAUGGAUUUUACGAUUCUUGGAGCUCAGUGGAUUGGAAUUACUGUACGUUUCCUUACAGCGGCUUUGUGCUAACGCCGCCCCCGGCCGUCCGGGCCGACGUUCCUUGAGCAUCGCCGAUGCCUUCGCGCAGAUAGAGUGCGUCGCCUGUUUCAAGGCAGUAAUGGAUUCCCAAGCCGGUUUGGAUUAUAUAAUUGAGGAUACUGAAUUCACAAGAAAGUUGGCAAAUGGUGAGUCAUACCUAACUUUUUUUUUAUCUUGUAAGUUCUUAUCAUCCAUGUCUCUGCCAUGUCUAUUAUUGCUCAUUGUGUGUAAAUCAACAGAACUUUGUAACUUGAAUUAUCUAUUGCAUGUUGAUUAUCAGAGAGUUCACAAGUAAAGAAAAAUAAAGCAAUAUUAAGGAAAUACCAAUAUUUAAAUAGCCACAUGCAAUGUUGUAUAUGUUAUCAAAAGCAAACUUGACUUUGCCAAAGCACAGACAUAAGUGUUGAUAAACGUCUUGGCUAAACAAAAUACUCAUUUAACGCAAUACAACUUCCUUGAAAUUGAUAUGAAGGUCCUUAAAAAGACCUGAGUGAUUUUGAUUAUUUAAACAUAAUAAGUGAAAGUUAGAUAUUUUUAGUCAUUCCUCGGCCAUGUCUGUUUCUUGUAACUCAAUGCUACAAGUUUGAAAUGAUGUGUUGUGUAGUAACACAGUCGUACAUGUACUCUCUCCCUCUCUUUAUUCAUACAAAAACAAAAAGUUUUUUUUUUCGAUCUGCCCGAUUGAAUAUAUAGCCUGAGGCGCCGUAAACAUGGGAGAAGCCAUUCGCGAAGUUCAUUGAACGGCGCGUGUCAUCCUAUUGUCUUCACAAAAUGAAUUUCGGCGCCUUCCCCUCCCUCCCCUCACACGCACCAACUGAAUACGUCCGCGCACCGAGGGGGCAGUUUGCCUUUUCAAACGAAACCUUCCGAAACUUCUUUAUUCAAACUUCAGAGGACAAUUUCCACUCCCCCAUCUUCAUGAUCAAUGCCCCCAUUAUUGAGAGAUGUCACGAUUCUGAUUUGUGGCCCGUGACUUGUCAAAGUGGCUCGCACGAAUAAAAUAAAAACUUGAAGCACAAUUAAAAAGUUAGCGCUGUUAAUCCACAACCCACGCUCCAGAGGUCGGGAUUUUAUGUUGCAAUUAAGAAGAUGGCACGCGAUAAAAUAUUGGGCUACAUGAUGGUGACAGCUUUGUAACUAUACCAAACUCGCUUCAUCAGACAUGAAUGAUACAAAAGAUGGGUAAACGGUCAACAUCAUACAGUAAUGUCCUCAGUAAAUUGGCGCCUUUGAACUUGUUAAAACUGUUGCCAACCGGGUGCCUGCUUCAUGAAAACUAUUACAAUUAUUGUAACUUUGUCAUUAUUAUAACUACCAUGGAAACCUUGAUUUUGAUUGGCUGUUGAGUCCUGUUACCAUGGUAGUUGGCGUUAUGACAACGGGUUAAAACAGUUGUAAGUCCUUUAUGGGUUCGGUAUUAUGUUCGAAACAUAGUUUGCAAUCUAAAAUGUCUUACAGAUAUCAUAGCUGCCGAGGCGGUAUUCAGUUUCACGAAAUCAUAAUUAUGCUCUUGAAAUUCCAAAAAUGUUAUUUAAAUUGAUAUGAAUGUACGAUGGUAUCUGUUUUGUUUGGGUAAAAAAAAAUAAUUUGUAUUACCUUCGGUUCAUGGCUGAUAUUAACUACAAGUUAUUAUCGAUUUUUUUUAAAAUCUUUUCUCUAGCGGUGUCUUUGUAAGAUCAGAAAGGGUUGUCUUUUGUAACACUCGCCAAUAUUUCUUCUACGAUUUCCCAUUGUACGACUUUUGGGAUUGAGCUUUGUGAGUUUGACUCGCCUCGUUGGGGUUUCUUACAUGUCUUGUAUCGGAACGAUCAGUUUGGAUUGCUUGGGGGUAGUCACUGAGGAAUAAAACGAUUUGGAUCUUCAAAAGAUCAGAACAUUUCACAUGGCUUCCUUUGUUGUUUGACUGACUUUCUGGACAAGGUUUUGGGUGAAUCUGAAGACUGAUGGCCCACCGCCGCGCGUAACUAUGACACAUGUAUGAUCGAAAAGGAGAGAAGUUCCGAAAAAAACAAAUGUCUGAUGUUUAUCGCCAUGUUAUUGGUAGGUUGUUAUCCCUUCAGUGUGCAUGCAAUCGAAAGAAGAGACAUCUCCAAGGCACUCAAUCAUCAUGAUUUAUCAGAAGUUGUCUCGGAGUGUUGUUAGAUUUCUUGACUGAAAUGACAGAAAUUACAGAAAUUCAGUAUGAACUCUGCACUAAAAUAUCCUGCAGCCUGACAGUUACCUUUCUCGAACAAUUUGCUGUGCUUAUUUUCAUGAUAAGCAAAUCGGUUGAUUUUUCUAUAUCUUGGGGCCAAGACCAUCAGAAGUCUGUGGCCGUGGAUGUUCUGUCGUCCGGUCCCGGUCCCGACACCCCUCACAUUGGCCUUGGAGCUUUGCACUGUAAUAAUGAUAAUGUGCCCUAUGGAAAAUUCAGCCUUUCCCUAAAAAUGUCGAAAAUUAAGGCAUGGGGAGAUUGUCAUCAACAUUGUAAGACAAGUUGUCAGAUCUGACAAAUUUCCCUGAUUUUGAUUGGCUGAGGAGCACAGUUCCUAUGGUAACUGGCAGAUGAAACGGGACGUUUCAUCAAAGGCCUUUCAUCAAACGCUCCCCAGAUAAUAUCUUUAGAACUUGUUCCGUCUAACGGGGCUGUAAAGGUUAAACACCAAACAUCCAAAAUGGCUAUAGAUAUCAUGGCUAUCUGGGACUCGACACCAUAUUAGGGUGGGUCCACAUUGGAUACCAGCAUGACCAAAGCUCCCCACAUGGUGUCUUCAAGAGCUACCUAUCCAACAGCGCUGACCACGCUGGCCGUCAACCCUUAUUCAUCUCCGAAUUCUCUUGACUUCUGAAAUUGCAACUGUAGGAAUUCAUUAGAGCUUUUAAUUGGGUACUUGACGUCAAAUUGCGGUUAAGGAAUAUCAUUGAGAAGCGUAGUUACUAAAUUUACUAACAGUUGACAUUUAGUAGAGUAAGUCGUGCUCUCUUGAUCUUGUAUUGCUUCUUGCAGUUAUUAGUAGAUUCCAUUGAGUAUAUUUUAGUGUGAUGCUGAAGUCACAUUGGAGAAACUACUCCUGAUCGAAACGAGAUGAUACGUUAAAACUAAUGGUAUUCGAAUGGACUGAUUGGAGAAGGUGUCGUUGGUGUGACCGUCGCAUAUAAUAUAAGCUUAGCUGUGUACACUCUUGGGUAUAUAAAGUGGUCGAGCAUAAGAAGCGUCCGAGGAAGGAUGGGGGGGGGGGGGGUCUAGUUCACUUUCUUAAGAUUGUUAUGAACCAGUGAAAGAAAUUAAUUAAAAGGAAAAAGGUGGAGAUGGUAGUUUUGACGACUCUUCCGAACCCUUCCAUCGUCAUUCCAAUAUAUGCAUGUGCCCAACUUUACCCUAAAUUGUAUCUGCAGAAUACAUGCAACCGCCAAUCAUGCCAAUAUGAACAUGACAUGAUUAUCUUCAUACCCCCAUAUUUUAUCAUGAUUAUCUUGUCUCGUGUUUUCUGCAUUCUUUGGCCCUUUUAUUUAUUUAUUUUUACAAUUUUCAUCAAACCAGAUUUAUACAUCAAUCACAGAGACAGAGACCACUCUAUCAUUCUACAAAUGUCAUCCAUACAAUCUUCAAUUCUUUCAAAAAUGCGUUUCAAUUUCGCAGUGACAUUGGAUUAUGUUUUUCAUUUACAUCGACAAUCAUGUGCUGAUCUCAAGGACAGUCGAUAAUUGACGGUGAUGGAAUCAAUGAAUGUCGGCAAAUAGUAGUUAAACCAUGCCGAACUAUCGAAAUGAAUGGGGAGAAAAUGCAUGAAAGAUCGGGGUGGGCUCGUAAAUGGUUUGGGUUAAACACGAAAAUAAGUGCUGAAACCAGUCGGGUGUUUUGAUGACGUCAGUUUUAGAGCUAAACACUGUCAUGUUUCUUUGGUAUUCAAUCCUAUGCGAGUUCAAAGGCAAGAGGAAUGUAAGAGGGCGAACACGAUGCUCGGUUUGGGAGAAAACAGCUUUUAUUACAAUUUAAAGGAGAAUGAAACCCUUGAAACUAGCUGAAUCCAUAUCAAAGAGAAAAAUCAAAGAAACAUAUUGUUGAAAGUUUGAGGAAGAUUGAAUGAAUAAUAAGAAAGUUAUGAGCAUUUGAAUAUUGAGAUCACUAGUGCCAUGUAGAUCCUCCCAUCGGCAAUGCGACCAAGAUCUGUGAUAUCACACACGUACAACUCCCUCAUUACUUUAGUACUUAUUUCACUUAUAUUCUCACUUUUAUAGAGUCUAUCACAAGGUUAUGUGUUUUCUUUAUGAGAUGACAAGUACAGAGGUUUCACAACAUUAUAUCAUUGAUGAAUCGUUUCUCAUAUGAUUAGAAUGAGCAAAAAGAGAUGUUUUGGGGUAUAUUUUCAGUGUCCGAAUGGGAGAGUUGUACGUGUGUGACAUCACAGAUCUUGGUCGCAUUGCCAAUGGGAGGAUCUCCAUAGCAUUAGUGAUCUCGACAUUCAAAUGCUCAUAACUCUUUUAUUGCUAGUCCUAUUUUACUCAAAGUUUUGUUGAUCUUAUUCUUUGAUUUUUCUGCUUUCACAAAAGCUAACUUGCUCCAAGAGUUUCAUUCUCCUU